GAGUCAUCACCUUCAAACAAUGUCAGGAGUUAAUCCGUUCACCUUUUGGGCAUCUUACCUGAUCCUGGAUGGCUUGUAUGUCACCGUUUUUGCUGGAGUGGCAGUUCUCAUUUUCUUCUUUGCUCAAGAACGCUACUUGUUCACGAUGCAUGGAGGAUCGGUGGCCCUGUUUCUCAUUUUCCUCUUGGGAGGAUUCGCUGUCGUUUGCUUUGGUUACUUUUUUAGCCAAGUCGUCAAUGACGCAGCAUCAUCAUUUGUAUGGUUGAACAUGCUACAUUUAUUGGCAGUUCUGGGGAGUCAUAUCAUGUUUCGCACUCAUGAUGGAAUAAAUGAUGGAGUGUCGGAACUAUACUUUUGGCUCAUCACACCCUUCCCAAUUCCAUUCAUGGUACAUUCGUUUUACGUGUACGGCAAAGUCGUAAUCGACAAUAGUCGCUGCGAGCUUGUAGCACAUCACUUUUCCUCCGGUAUUUGCAAACGGAAGGGACUCUACAUCCAUCUUCCUGCUUACUCAUGCUGUGCCCAAUGCAACAGCAGCAAUUGUUUUCAACCACGAAACUAUUUUGAUGCAAGUUAUGGUUAUGAGAGCUACACGCUGACUCGAGACUUGGUCAUUAUGGGACUUGUCGCCUUGAUUUAUUUUGUACUUGUGGUGCUAAUGGACUACAACUACUUCCAAAAACUCAAUCGGUACUUCCUCUCCGCUCCAAGUGAAGACUUCAGUUCGGAGAGAGGCGAAAAAGACCCCAGCGCAGCACAAGAGGCUGAAAAUGUUCGAAGACUGAUUGGAUUAGGUGUAGACGUACCUGAUGAUGAAGGGCUGCUGGUUGAUAAUUUAUGCAGAAAUCAUGGAAAUAUUGGCGAAAUAUAUUCCCAGGUUUCGUUUGAUGUUAAAAAAGGACAAUGCUUUGGAUUAUUAGGGUUAGGGGAUGCUAAGUCUUUGGUGUUCAAGACUCUAACUGGAGAAAUUCUCCCCGAUGUCGGGGACUCGGUCAUCCCUCCGUACAGCAUGCUGAGGAACCGGAGGCAGUUUACGACGAACAUUGGAUACUGCCCUCAAGCAAAUUGUGUGUUUUCUGGGUUAACUGCACGCGAAACACUGCAACUGUAUGGUUCAUUAAAGGGAAUAUGUCUAAGCGAUUUGAUGACUGAAGUGAGACAGUGGCUGUCGGCUCUUGGUUUAGAAAAUGAUUCCAAUCUCCUUUGUGGAAAUUUUACUCCUGGCAUGAAAAGGAGAUUAUGUGUGGCCGUAGCUUUAAUAGGAAAUCCACAGGUUAUCAUUUUAGACGAACCAAGCCGAGAUAUCGACCCUUCAAUGAAAAAAUAUAUCUGGGGCACUCUACAGCGGCUUCAGAAGGAUGGGAAAGUGAUUCUUCUUGCUUCUCAAAAUGUUCACGAGUGUGAAAACCUGUGCGGAAAACUUGGUCUCAUGGUCCACGGACGCUUACAAUAUGUAGGGUCGGCUAGGGAGAUAAAGAGCAGAUUUCUAAAUGGAUAUACUGUCACCUUCAAGCUCACGAAACGGUAUUCUGUCGAUGAUGCGUCCGACUUGGAAACUGUGAGUGAUAUCAAGACAAGCAUUGAAGCCUGCCUUGAUGAUGCCUUGUUUAGAGACGCAUUUCAAAACACAUUGAAAUACUUAAUUCCUCAAAAAACUCAAAAUUGGGGAAGCAUUGUUGAGAGACUCGAAAAAAUACGAACCCAGUUGUCUGCGAGCGUGGCGUACUACAGCAUGACGGAGAGCACGUUGGAAGAAGUUUUUAACGCCAUGGAUGACUUGGAGUUAGAAUCGACGAACAACGAACUUCCGGGGACGAGAAUGACUCCUUUUCAACGAUUGUGUUUAGGUCAAUGCUGUACUGACGAUUACUCAUGAGAUAACGAUUAGCUAAUUAUAUCGAUGCGCCUUGAUAUGCGGAUUUAAAGCCACACAGAAACACUUAAACUUUGUAAUGGGAGUGUUACCACCACUGCUAAUAUUUUGUACACACACGUAUUCAGUAACUGGGGCAGUGCAGUAAUUAAAAGAACUUAAUUCAUAAAAGUAGCCCCAAUUACUCUGGGAUUAGAAUGUGUAUAAGGAUCACAUGUCGUCGUCUUACUCUAAAUAAUUUCAUAGAGCGCAAUAAUACUUUAUGUAAUUUCAGCAAGAAAAUAAUUGCUCCCAACAUUGUACAACAACAUACAUUUACAAUACGACAAUUUCAUCGAUAUACAUAAGUACUUGUGGCUAGUUGCUUUUCACCACAUUUAUGUGUAUAUUUUCAGUGCUAUUGUAUUAAUGGGAAAUGGUCAUUACAUAGAUAAUUGCUGUAAUGCAAGUCAAAUUGUUAAAGGACGCAUUUGUUCUCGAGUAUCUUUUUACACUGGGUACAUGCAUAUGCACGACGAAAUACAUUCGACUUUGUAUCGUUUUCAUGCGUACGUAUAAUUCUGUACAUGGCCAAUUAUUUCUAAUAUUGCACAAUGACAAGCCUCAAAUCUGCGUACUUUUGUUUUUCAUGAAACUCAAUUCCACAAACUGAUAAAGUUAUUAUAAACUCAUGUAAUCAACGUCAAAUUUCUUGACGCGGAUUAAAUUAGUGUCCCCAAUCUAACCCAAACUUUUUAUGAUUGCAAUCUGCUGUAAAAUUACGUUCGUUAUUUUUUUCUUUAAAAUGCAAAUAUUCAAUCUCAAUUGUAGCUGAAACCGCAAACAACAAUAAUAAUAAAUAUAUUCCACCACCAGCAAUUUACAAACUCUUAUCUAAAACCAGAAUAAAUAUU